UGAUUUCAACCUCCUGAGGAGCAAGAGGCUCUGYCGURYCUUUUUCACGACUGUUUGUGUGUGUGUGGACCAUUUUAAGUCCUUAGUGAUUUGGACACCGGGGAACUUAAAGAUCUCGACCUGCUACACUGCAGCCCUGUCUCGAUGUGGAUGAGGGCGUGCUCGCCCCCCGUUUCCUGUAGUCCACGAUUAGCUCCUUGGUCUUAUUGACGUUGAGGGAAAGGUUCAUGGACAACAUAGAGAAUAUAAGAUGUCAUGCCAUUUAUGUUUUUGCUCAGAGUAAACGGUCAGUGGUGGUGAUCUUAGAUUUUUCUCUUUAUUUUCUGUCUAAUCCUCACGUUUCACAGUGCACUUCUGGACGUACGAGCAAGACUUCCUGUCUCAGUACUGUCAGGUCUGGGUUCGGUUGGAGCUGGACGCCCAUCUGUCCCAGCAGGCUUUGCGAGAAGCUCUGGACACGAAGGAGGUGCAGGAGGCCAGAGACCGCCUUGGUCACAUCACUCAGCUCUCACAGAGUCUUGAGGUGGUGUGGCGUGAGGCCCGGUGGAUCAUGGAUGUCCUGCAGUGUGUCCGCUCUAAACAGUGGGUGGGGGCGGUGCCUCUGGGCCUGGUCAUGGGAGGAGACCCACCUGCCCGCCCAGACGAUGAGGAGGAUGACAGGCCUAUCACCAGAGUCUGGCCCCAGCGCAUACUCUCUCAAAAGAAAAUAUCAGAGAGCAUUACCUGUACUGUUACAGACGUUGGUGUCAGCAGUGGGAUCUCUGAGCCAAUAUGUAUCCCGGGGGUCCAUGAAAAGGCUGUGGGUUUAAUUGAGGGGGCUAGCAAAGGGGGGUACCCCGUGGACCUCAGUGCCCAACAGCCUGUUGUGGCGUUCAACAGCCUGKACCAGUCAGGRRUUGGAUUYGACAGUGUGGCCCAAUCAGAAGUGGKAKAUCAURACAUUAUGGCMCAAUCAGAAGUGGCAGAUCAUGACAUUGUGAACCUGCCAGCUGCCUACAGUGGAGAACUGGAGUAUCCUCACAGUUUUGUCAGUGAUGUGAUCCCGCCUCUACCAGAKCUGGACAUCAUCUUCCCCACACUGAGUCUGAUAGAUGAAGAGAGGGAGGAGGACCCUGUACCURGGAGGAUGGAUAUGCUUGACAGUUUAAGUCUUGGAGUCGGUGAAAGCGAGGCUUUCUUUGGACUMAACUCUGACUUGAUGAGUGGACCUAAGGGUUGCUCUCUCUCUGAUGUGCAUCAUGAUACGAACUCACUGACAGCAGGYCUUAGUUUAGGAGACAGAACCUGUGCAGAUACACUGUUCUCAGGUCAUUUAGAUGGGCUGGCCACAUCUGCCCCUCUUCCCAUUGUGAGGACCACACCUGCCCAGAGCUGGGAUUUACCUACAGAGGACACUAUGAUACAUGCUGGCAACAGGGGGGGCAGCAUGCCAGCCAGGAGCCAGGUUGAGUGGGUGAACUCCUCUAACCAGGCAUCCUGAUGUAUCCAGAUAUUAUUAUGACUGAACGUUACACCAAAAUACAUUGCACUUACUCAUCGUGCCUCUCGAAGAAUUUGACAACCAAUUCUCAACAAAUUCUUAAUAUACUUUCAGUGCCUUUAAGCAAGUGUGGCAAACGGUGGGAUAUUCAUGGUUGUUUUCUCAUCACAUUAUCUUCCUCUCUGUAGUUGUUCCAGUGGUGAUAUAAAGGGCCUGUCUCCAAGAGGCCCGCUAGACAUGUUCUGUGCUUCUGUACGCGAGAUGUCUCCCUGUUGCAACUUGUAUUAAACUGAAUUGAUGUAUGAUUGUCUAUAUCCACAACUGCUAUUCUCUUUUGUUCAAUGUAAAAUACUCUUUACCGUAUUAUACUCUAUUAACCUGUUACACUUUUGUCCUUUUAACACACAACUAGGCUAGCUAGUCUACAGUAAAAUCAGUUGAAUGGUUUAUCUUUAUGAAAUUACCAAAUAAAAAUAUUUUCAGCUGUA